CAAAUUUCAUUGAUCUCCGAUUUAGACUCAGAUUUCGCUAUGGAGCUUCCCCCUCUUUUCGAAGGAGAGGAUUCUCCAUGUUGUCUCCAUUCCUCACUCCCUUUUAAUAUAGCGUGAGGUAAAUCAUGAAGUUCUCCGUUCUGUCGACACUGUUCCUCGCAACAGUAGCCACUGCGCUACCGUCUUCGGAAGUAGAACGAUCGACAAGCUUCAAUGCAACAGUGCUUGCUUGCAAAGCCCUCAAGCUCGUAUACAGCACACAAGUCUUCUUUCCCGGCGAGGCUAAUUACACUGCGGAGAAUGAACACUUCUGGACUCCUACUGAUUAUCUCUCCCCGACGUGUGUCUUCACACCGAAAUGCACUACGGAUGUCUCGAGCGCGAUUCUGAUCCUCACUGGGCUGAAAGCAACAUUUGCUGUGAGGGGAGGAGGGCACAUGCCCAUUCCCGGAUACGCGAAUACAAUCGGUGGAGUGUUGAUUGGUUUGACGGAUCUGAAUGAGAUACAACUUUCCAGUGACAAUUCCUACGUCUCGGUUGGGCCUGGUAGGCGGUGGGAGGAAGUUUAUGCAUAUCUGGAACCAUAUGGGCUGGUUGCGUUGGGUGGAAGAGUUGGGAUUGUCGGUGUGCCUGGAUUACUCUUGGGCGGCGGAAUCUCGUUCUAUUCGAACCAACAUGGAUUUGCUUCCGAUAAUGUCGUAGCAUACGAGGUCGUACUUGCGAGUGGGAAGAUUGUGACAGCAACUUCAACACAAUAUUCUGACCUUUUUUGGGCUUUGAAAGGUGGUGGAAACAGCUUCGGCAUUGUCACUCGUUUCGACUUGCUCACAUACACCUCUCCUACCGUUUGCGCCGGAAUCACCGAAAUACCGUCAACUGAAAAAGAUCUCUUCUUGAGCGCAGUCGCAAACUUUGGUCAAUAUGGCUCUGCUGACCCAAAAGCAGCCGUGAUCCCUUCAAUAUUCAUGCUGGCUUCCCUCAAUAUUACUGUCUACACCUCAGCGCUUUUCUACGAUGGCACUAAUUGCACUCAACCAGCUCUCGCAAACGUCACUGCGAUCCCUGCGAUCGAAAAUACCUAUGGCUCUACGACACUCGCAACUUAUGUCGAGGGGACCGACGCAUUGAUUGCGGAUGGAACUAGACAAGCAUUUCGUGUCGUAUCCAGUCUUGCUACCGCAGAGGCAUUGAGCAUCGUGCACGAUACCUUCGUAGACAUGGUUACAGCAAACAUCUGGGACGUAGCCGGCUUGCAAGCCAGUGUUGCAUUCCAGCCUGUGACGAAGAAUUUCAUUCAACAGGGAAUCAACAAAGGCGGUAACCCUCAGGGCGUAGACAUCUCGAAGGCUCCGUAUUUCUGGAUGGUUGAAAAUUUCUCGUGGACUGAUCCAGCAGACGAUGCGACUAUAUACGCUUUUGCUGCUCAAGUCACAGAUAUAAUCGAGGCGAAGCUCUCGGCGGCUGGCCAGGCUGCUCAAUAUCACUACAUGAAUGAUGCUGGAUUGGGUCAAGAGAUUUUCCAGAAUUAUGGCGCUGGAAAUCUCGCCAAGCUUCGGUCAAUUCGGGCUAAGUAUGACCCUCUCAAGGUUUAUACGAACUUGAUGCCUGGAGGGUGGAAGGUCGAUGCUGCGUGAUGGAGAGGAGAAAGACUUUGCAUUUUGAUACUUGAAUUACCUUUGAUAAUUAUAUUCUAAUGCUCAGUUAAUUGUUUUGAGAUUCAGUCCACGAAUCCUCCAAUCAAGUCCACAAC